GGCUAAUUAAUUGGUGGGCGUGGCAGGCAGCGAGCGAGCGAGCGAGCGCACCGGCACUGCGGCACACACCCCCAUCCAUCUCUCCCUGCUACUCGCUGCAGCCACCGACGAGCACCGGAGGAACCCUAGCCGCCGCCGCCUCCUGAUCCGCCUCGCCGCAAGCACCAUGAGCGCCUCCAGGAAGCUGUUCCAGACCGCCGCCAGGUCCCUCCUCUCCGCCUCCCAGCGCUCCUCCCCCGCCGCCCUCCUCGCCGCCGAGGGCCGCACUGCCGCGCUCGCCACGCUCACCAACCUGGGCAGGAAGACCCUCCCCACCGCCUACGCCUACCACAAGCAGGGAUCCCACCACGCCUCCUCGGGAUGGGGAGCCUUCGCCGCCGCCGUCCCCGCUGCAGUUUACAUGCUCCAGGACCAGGAGGCUCACGCCGCAGAGAUGGAGCGCACCUUCAUUGCCAUCAAGCCUGACGGCGUCCAAAGAGGCCUGAUUUCUGAGAUCGUGUCUCGAUUUGAGAGAAAAGGUUACAAGCUUGUUGCCAUCAAGUUGAUUGUUCCAUCCAAAGAAUUCGCUCAGAAGCACUAUCAUGAUCUCAAAGACAGACCUUUCUUCAAUGGACUGUGUGACUUUCUCAGCUCUGGCCCUGUACUUGCGAUGGUUUGGGAAGGAGAGGGUGUUAUCAAGUAUGGGAGAAAACUAAUUGGUGCCACAGACCCACAGAAAUCUGAACCAGGAACCAUCAGGGGUGAUCUUGCCGUUGUUGUUGGAAGAAACAUCAUUCAUGGAAGUGAUGGCCUGGAGACAGCAAAGGAUGAGAUUGCUCUGUGGUUUGAGCCCAAGGAGCUGGUCUCUUACACCAGCAACGCGGAGAAGUGGAUCUACGGGGUCAACUAACAAGCGAAUCAUUUUGUUUCUAUUUUGCUCUCCAUUUUCACAUAAUUGCCAUUAGACCAAGGCAGGAUGUACUAAUAAAGUUGCGACCGUCACUUUUGAGUUGGAUUGUGACCUUCUGGUGCAGUAAGGCACAAGGAAGGACGGAAAUGUACCUUGAAAUAUAGAGCGUGCACUGAGUUGUCGCGAUGUUCAAAUCAAACUAUGUAUCACCUUCAGUAGAGUCAUGUGAUCCAAUAUGACGAUGCGGAUGUUUCUUUGGAUCUA